UUACGACAUAAAAACCAGCUUAUGUUAAAUAUGGCUGCCUCCUUGUUGCACGCGAAAACUCAAAUCAGAGUGAGUUCAGUUCUUAACCGCGACAUAAAGCAGUUUGGGAAGAAAUACCUGACGGAUGGAGAGGAGGAUACAUGCUGGAACUCAGAUCAGGGCUGCCCACAGUGGAUUCUGGUGGACUUUGAACACAAUGUGAAGGUGAAGGACAUUCAGCUUCAGUUUCAAGGCGGGUUUGCUGGGAAGGAGUGCUGGGUCGAGACAGGGAAGGAGGCAGUUCAUCUGACCAAGACGGCAGACUUUUACCCAGAAGAUAUCAACUCACUCCAGACAUUUAAACUGUCAGAAGAGCCUGUUACCAAAGUAAUGAGAAUAGUGUUUAACAGCAGCACAGAUUUCUUUGGUCGUAUAACUCUGUACAAGCUGGACAUCUUGGGUGAACCUUGCUGACACUAUCAAGAGCUGGAUCUUGGCCAUACAAGCAAGGCUUCAGAAAACACAAGGAUAGGGAGCAAUGGCAGAGUGGACACAGAUUAAGGAACUGCCUGAAAGUGAUGACACCUGUAUUUUUAGUUGCCACCAACUGAAACUUUCACUUGGGAGAGUUGAGACUGAGAGAGUUCAUCAUGUUGUGUCUAUGCCUUAUGCUUGAAUGCCUUGCGAGCAGAGUCAAUGAUUCCAGAUUAUUACUGAAUCAGUGAAUGGUUCUGUGGCAGUAGGGUGGCUUUGUGGUUACUGCCUUGCUCAUAACCCUGGAGACCUGGGUUUGAUUCCCCAUACAGGUCUGUAAUGUGAGUCCCUAUCUCGGUCUCUUGUCGCGAUGACUGUGAUAUUGCUGAAAAUGGUUUGAAACAAUACUUGUUGACAAAAUGGUUCCACUUUUACUAACAAGUGCUUGCAUGUUCCCUCCAAGGGCGACACCAGUGGUACCAUCUGGUGGGAUUCUCCUGCAUUGUGCACAGCUUUUGAAUGAAAGCACAUUUUCAAAAUCUCAGGUUAAGGUGACCAUUUCCAUGUCAGCCCAUGUGGUACAUGGUUUAUGGUGCCAUUGUUGUUUAUGUUUUUGGAACAGAUUACUUCCAUCAUUCCUCCAUAUGGAUUGCAAGUCUCAGUAGAUCCCUUGUAUCCCAUUCUUGUUUGAGUGGACUAAUGAUUUGAUGGUGUUAAUGCGUGACAUGGAUGGUUGUGUCAUCCUGCCCUGUUGCUCAUUUUCUCAAUCACUGGUCUGUCUGACUGAGACUUGAUGAUGUACAUGCUGCAGUGAUAUAGCUUGAAUAUUGCUGACUGCAGAGUUAAACAACUCUCACUCACUCACUCACUCCAACCCUGCCUGGACCUCGGCAUUAAUGGGUACAACAAGGACUGGUCGGCUUGGAGU